ACUGUGAUGCGCCCUGCUCUGGGACCAGGGCUGGUGGGCAGCUGCUGCAGCCUCUGCACAGGAACAGUGCGGGUCCCAGGUGCUAGUGCUUCCUUUGCAGACUUACUUGCCUGUCUCCCCAAUGUCCCCCAAGGAGGGGGCUUGGCUCACGGGAGGCUGAGCUCAUGCUGGAUGCGGCUGACUGGUUGUGUGGGGGCUCUGGGGCAGGACUUCUGCUCCCUGCAGGUCUCCAUGGAGGGCUGGGAGAUGCUGGUCAGCAGCCCCUUGACGGCGCCUGUCUUGGAUCAGCCUAGUGACCUGGAACAUCCCUUGCUGGUCCCUGGGGGGUCUGGGGGUGUGUGGCUGAGGUCCUGGGCUUUGUCCUGUUUAUGGGAGGUCAGGCGGCCACAGGGGCGGAGGGGCCUGGAGGAGGCCUGUGGCCCCCGGCAACCAUCUGGUGAUUGUAAAAGGGGCAAUCCACAUUUUUGUAGGGGGAUGGUGGGGAACAAACUGCAGACUGUCAGGAGGGCCCUCUGCCCUCAUGCCUCCCAGUCAGACACCUCUGCAGCCUCUCUCUGUGUCUGUGCUCAAGGUGAAAAGUUCAGGCUGUCCCUCUGCAGAGGGCUGGAGGUGGGGCAGCCCGCACAAGGAAUUUGGCCAGCCACUUGCCACAGUGCUUCCUCCUGGUGCCCUGUAUCCUGGGGGCUGGGCCAGACCUGUAUGGGAUGGAUGCAUUCAGCCCCUCCUGGACAAGGAGAGGACAGAGACCUGGCGAGAGCUGGCGAGGGGUGGGGUGGGCCUGGUGCCCAGUUCAGGCCCUGUGAGGGUUUGGCGGUGAGCAUUCUUGGGCCCACCCCUGUACUCAGGGCUGCACUGGGGACCUUUCAUUGGGGACAGGUUCUGGAGGUGCAGGACAGGUCUGAGAAGAGCAGCAGCCAGGAGACACCCUUACCCCCAGCUGAGUCAGCCCUCUGCCACCCUGCUUCCCAGAAGUCCCUGGAGGACCAGUGCGUGUGGCUGUCAUCUGUUUCUUUUUGGAGCUCUUUAAAGAGGUCUCACGAAGGAUCCAUCCCUUGAAGGGUCCAUCCCUCGAUUUUUCAGCUUGGGGAUUAGGAUUUUGGAGUAACACAAGCUGUGGUGUGCACCACAAGACACCCCUGCCUGACCCCAGCGCUCACUUUCCUGCCAAGCUGCUGUCCCCCAUGAAAAUUUUUGUCCCUUUGAGCCUGCCAGUGCCUGGGGCCAGGGAGAGAUCUGUGUGCUCAUCCCUGGAGGGGAUCCUGGCAGCUUCAGGGGACCACCCCCCAGGGGCCAUUAGCUGUCCCUUCCCCCACAUCCAGGCUGAUUGCUGAGGGUUCAGGGAGGUGCCUGACAUUCAUGCCAGUGACUGUAGGGCUGGUAUCCUAGGGGGGACUAGCUGGUAAUGUUUCCGGAGAGAGGUAUUUGAGAUGCACCUGGUCCCCAGAGCAGCAGGCAGCAUAUGCUUGCAGUUUCCUCUGUUUCUUUUUCUCUGGGGAAAGGUACUUACCCCCAUGGUUGGUGCAGGCAGCCAGGCCCAGGGGAGUGGGCUGGAGGCCAGGGUGCCCACCUGCCCCCAGGCCACUGCUCUCUCCAGGCCUGCACCCUGCGAAGAGGCUGGUUCAAAAGGUCACUGCCCUGAUUUUUAUUGCCAUCUCUUGUGUUCUCAUGACCCCUUGCCCUCCGCACAGACUGGCGGACUGGAGCGUUGACAGAGCCCAGCUAUCGGGAUUGGAAAUGUUUGGGAAAGACUACGUCUCAAGCAAUCAAGGUUAAAUAUUUCAGUAGCUUAAAAUACUUUGUUAAAAAUCUGGCAAAUAUGUGUGAAUAUUUAUGAGUUUAGGGCAGACAGAAACUGGAUCCUCUUGAAGCUGUGCUGCCUCCUGACACAGGAACAUGGUCCUCUUGUGGCCUGGUGGGUCUCUGUCCCGCCUGCUGCACAGGCCCUCCUGGCACCUGUGGCACAGGGAAGCCUUCUGACUUCUUGGUAAAUAAUGGAGGUUGAGUUGGCCCACGUUUUGCAUUGUAGUCCUCCACCUCAAAAGCCCAGUAUUAAGAGCACUUGGCCUCGCAGGCCCACACCGGACUUCUCUGUCUGUCCCCCGCAGUGUUAUCAGUUGUGUGCCUGCCCCUUGCUGUCAGUGUGGACCUUGUUCUCCAGGCCUGUGGUGGACACUCACAGUGUCUUCCUCCAGUCCAUGCAUCCUGCCCCCACUCCCGUAUCCCCAGCCUCUCACGCCUGUUGUGUUGGGGGUGUGCUUCUUCCCAGAGAGUGGGAGGUGGGAGCCAGGUCUUAAAUCAGGGAAACUGUUCCAGCAGGAGCGAAAAUAAUCAGCUGGCUGGAGAGACACCUGAAAACACAGGCUAUUUGCUCCUCUAUAAAGACAUUUGUUAUGUCACCACCACAGUCAAAGUACAAAUGUCACAGGGCCCUUUUUUUGUGACCCCUGAAGCCAUUUGGUCCUUUAUCUUGGCAGCAAGUGAAGGCGAUUCCAGCCAGUGCGGGGACACACCUGGGAUAUCUGGCCUCAGCAUUCCCAUGCUGUUAGCUGGGGAGUGGGCCUGGUCCCCCAGUCCCUGUUCCUGCCAGGACACAGGCUGUGGAGGUGCGCGGAUGAGGACUGGUUCUGUGACCCUGCAUCCAUGGGCGCCAGAAGGGAUAUGCUGGUGCCCGGGGCAAGCUAGGGGCCAGGGAGAGCUUCUCCAAGC